CACUCAGUCAGUUCAGUGUACGUGCGACCGUUCGCGGCCGAGGACGAUUUGCCGCGCUACGCAACACUCGGCUUAUUACGCAGUUGGUACUAUCGCUCACCGCGUGGACAUUUCCGAACGAACUUCAAAGUGUACCUUCUGUGUCUUUCGCGACUACCGCAAAAGCAGACAAUUUGUAUAUUAUUUGAAAAUAAGACUCAGUGAUAACUCUUAUCAGAGUGGAAAAGUUAUAAAGUGUUAACCGAACUUGAAAGGACACCCGAAUUUACGCAGUGGUAAUAUCUAUAAUAGAGACCGUUGACGGUGACGAUGAACGUAUGAGAGACAGAAUUUAGUGUUUCGAGCCACGUUACAAGGUUAUCGCGCUUCUAGCCCGCCAGUGAUGAAUUGGAAAAUCGGCGCGUAGUCGCUCACGUGGUCGCGCCCCGCCCCCGCCUCGCCCGCGCUUAUAUUUAGCGAAAAUCGCCUCUCGGGAGCGGCCCGACGGCUGAAGCUCUCUGCGCACAUCGCUGUUUAUGAACAGCGAGACGCCACAUGUUAUUGGCUUCGAAUAACAUUGCCGAUAAGGACAAGACAGAUAACCUCUCCGGAUCACGGUUCGACUCCGACAACGUUCUGGAAAUAGAAAGAAAUCUGUUGAAAAUCCGAAAGGAGAGCACGCUGAGAUGCUAACGGCCGGUGUCGGCACGCGCCGGUGAGCGUUCCGACCGACACACCUACCAAAAAAUUCCACUGAUCGAAAUCGAGGCGUAGAAAUGUCUAUACAAGGGGGCGGCAGUUACCACAGCCCGUGGUCUUCACAGACCGGGCUUGCAGAACUAGAAGGUGUGGGUGAAUUAGAGCCAUUGGGGGAGUUGGCCGAUGCAGGAUUUGAGCCACAAACUCGAGCGCGCUCCAACACGUGGCCUUUGCCAAGGCCAGACAAUUACAUAGAACCGGGAGAUGAGACGGGCUCCAAGAAGAAUUCCAAUCAGAAUUUGACCGGUGCACCUCCAUUGCCCACAGCGGUGACAACUAAGAAAAACUCCUCCCGUCGAAACGCAUGGGGCAACCUUUCCUAUGCUGAUCUCAUAACACAGGCCAUUACCUCAGCUCAAGAUAAUAGGCUAACGUUGUCGCAGAUCUACGAGUGGAUGGUUCAAAAUGUGCCAUACUUUAAGGAUAAGGGUGAUAGCAACUCUUCUGCUGGAUGGAAGAACUCGAUCCGGCAUAACCUGUCAUUACAUAACCGGUUCAUGCGGGUUCAGAACGAAGGCACUGGAAAAUCUUCUUGGUGGAUGAUCAACCCGGAUGCGAAACCAGGAAAAUCCGUUCGAAGACGCGCAGCCUCGAUGGAGACAUCCAAAUUCGAAAAACGAAGAGGCAGGGUUAAGAAGAAGGCUGAAGCUUUAAGAAAUGGCGUGACAGCUGACGCCACACCAAGUCCCAGUAGUUCAGUUUCCGAAAGUCUUGACAUGUUCCCAGAUUCACCACUGCACAGCAGCAGUUUUCAGUUGUCGCCGGACUUCCGUCAGAGGGCGUCAUCCAAUGCGUCGUCAUGUGGCCGACUAUCCCCAAUUCCAUCCAUGAUCACAUCGGAGCCAGACUGGGAUUACAACCCCGCUGGGGAUUAUGCGUCAAAUAGCGAUUUCUCACAAGCAGACUACGCGCAAGAGGACGCGCAGUUGGCCGGACUCGCGGACUCGAUGAAGUUGCAAGGAGCUGAUCCAUUCCUUAACACGUAUGUUCCAACUACAUCCUCGUCGUCAUCCGGGAGUAAUUAUCGUUACCCCUCAUAUGGGACAACGUGUCCACGGCAUCUUCAUGGUGGGUGCGCCUGCGCAUCCCUGUACUCUCAUCCAGCGCAUCCUGCGCACCCAACACAUCCGCAUCAGCAUGCGAUGGAUCCCUUCGUGAGACCACCGCCACCGGCUGAUCCUGCCGAUAUUAUGCAAACAGAAAAUGUACCGGCCCAAAUGGUGACGACAUCGGAUCCAGCCCUCAUGAAUGGUGGUAUGAUGGUGCAGGCUGGCACGAUGGGACCUACCACAGUUAUGGGGCAAAUCAUGGGGGCUCUGCACGCUGGCUUGGCGGAGGACAUCAACAUCGAAACAUUGGAACAUGGCUUUGAAUGCAAUGUCGAUGAGGUCAUAAAACACGAGCUGAGCAUGGACGGAUCGUUGGACUUCAAUUUCACCCAGCAGCAGACCUCGAUGGCUGCCGAAGCGGAGAGCCAGUUCGUGGCGCCCGCGCCGCCCGUGCCCACCACGCUGUCUGGUGGCGGCGCACCCCGCACCCCGUACUCCGUCGCCCCCUCCUGGGUUCAUUAAACGCAUUCUGCUACAAUUCGGACUAAGUUACCUACUUAUCAGGGACUUAAAAUGGACUUUACACCAAUUAUAAUACGAAUUAUUUUCUAUACUCCGCUGAGGUUUCAUAUCUCAGUUAAUACAGUUUUAAUUACUAAUAUUAGAAAUUAUUUGUAUUAUAAUUCGUGCUAAGAUGCUAUUUUAGACCUCCAGGUUGUCCACAAACUACCACGUCCUAUGUACAUACAGCGAAAAAUUUGUUUUUUUUUAUAAUUUGUUACUUUGGUACCUAGUAUUGUAGUCGAGAUUUCUGUUCAUUUUAUCAUGUUAACUAAUAUUAGAGUUUUAUUUAGUGUUAAAGUUAAGUGGACGGUUACCGAUCGUUGUUGAAGUGUCAAUUGUGUUAGUAUAGGGUUUAGUGCUAAGCUAGGUGGAAGCUUGUGAUAUAGAUAGGAUAUUGUAAUCCGAAUAGUUGCUUGGACCUGGAGGGGGCAGGACCUAGGUUUGAGCCAGUGCGACGAUGAUCAGCAUAACAAAAGAGGUCAUUCAUAGCUACUCCAAUGUGGCGACGACGUUACACAGCGAUGGAGUUGGUCAUGGUCAUUAUUUGCGGAUAUUAGAGCGGUGAAUGAAAUUCAUGCCCUGAUAUACUUUGUGGAGAAAAAUAGUUUACCUGAGGUUGUGGUGACAUUCUAAAACGAUUCCUACAACGAUCAUCACAAGGAACCAAAUACGAGAAGACCAGUUAUUAUCGAGACUGAUACUAGUGUUCCAACAGUUGUUAUUGGCAAGCAAAAUUGACGAUAAAAGUGCGUGAUUGGAUAAUUAAAGUGAUAUUUUGGACGUUUAAAAUUGUAGGCUAAGAUAUUUGACCUCGCGUAAGUAACAGUUGGUGAAUGUAUCGAGGAUUUCCGCCGUUUCGAAGUAUCUUCUCGCUGUCCCCUCCUAAAUGUCAAAAUUAGGUCUGUUUCAAUUUUGAAUAAAAUGUAGUUAACAUGCCUCUACAAAUAGACUGAUUUCACUAUUUCGACUAUUUUGUCGGAAUUUAAUGCACGUUAAGAAUGCUUGUCUGGUUCAACCGAAAGCUUCAUAAUAAACCAUCGAGAUUCAUGGUUCAUAGGUUAUUGCCAUUUUUAGUUUCUAGAAUAUCGUCUACAAAUGCCAUACCGUUUGUCAUAUUAUAGUAAUUAAAUGAAAUAUUUUUGCGAAAAUCAUAUUUAUUAUAUCUGGUUUGUAUCGACAUGAAGUACAGUUUACAAAAUAUUUGGUUUAGAUUUCAUGUACGUAAUAUACACCAUAUUGAACCAUUCUGCGCAAUUUUAUUAAAUUUAAAUAGAAUAUUUUUGGUAAUAACUUUUCAGUAUAACAUUAAAUGACAAAGGUAUGCCAAUAAAUAUUUCGUUUACAUUUUAAUAAUCAAUUUUGUACUCAAAAUCUUUUAAAUUUUCAUGAAAUGUCGCAGAAUCCAUUAUGACUUUAUCGAUACUAUUAAUAAUAACACUACUGAUUGUGCCUGUUAGAAUAUUUCGAGAAGGGAAUUUAGAUCAUAUGCUCAUUGUUCAAACAUUUUUGUAAUAGACCUUAUGACUUUGGAAUUUAUAUUUUAGAAGUAUGCACAAACAAAAUCCAAUAUAGUCAGAUCUCUAGUCCCAGAUGUUAAUUUGAAUAAGCUACUUUGCCUACUAAGUUCAGAUUUUACUCAUAGUUAAGCAGUGUUGAGGUUUAGCCCAAAGUAGCAAGAAAAGUUCAUUCUGUGAAUUACCUCAGUGGACUGUUUGUGAUAGAUUUAGCCAAUAAGUGUUCAAUUUAGUACUUGUAUCAUAUUAUAAGUCAAUUCUUGUACCUUUUGGCGUCCAUUUAUAUGUAUAUUUUAAAGAAGCGAUUGGUUUUGCAUAUACAUUAUUAUACAUAUAUAUUUUUUAUUUUAUGCAGUUGACUCGUAAUAAAUUAUUCUCCGCUUUUAUAUCUACUGUACUACGUAUAUUUGCAGCUGAUGAUGGUGCUAUAGAUACUAUUUUGGAUAGCGCAUAUUGACAUUUUUAAUUUCAAAAUUGAAUACUUUUACAAAUGAAAACGACGUACAAAAAUCUAAUUAAUUUAACGAUGCGUUCUUUGACAACAUGGAGCACUUUUCUGGUAGAAUUUCAGUCAAUAUUGUUGACAAAAGUUCUAUCAGGAAUUUAUGUAUGAACGUCACAUGUAUCUACUAGAUGUAGGCAUUUAAUAUGAUUAGGCCUUGGAAUUGGGACGCGAGCGACGAUCACACAAUUUAAUUUCUUUAAUUAUGUAGAUAGUUAAUGUAUACUUUUAUUUUUCGUGACUUGAAGUCAUAAUAGUCCUUGGAUGUCGACAAUCGACGUUUACUAGGUGAUGGGAAUUAUAAAUAGUAACCAUUUGCCAAAUAUACAUACGUAACAAAGCCCAAUAACUAUUCGAUUAUAUUAUUAUAUAAUGCGAAAAUUAAAUCGAUAGUUGUAUUAUAUGAGUGUUUUAGAUGAUUAAUCUCUUCGGAGUUAUCUCAUGCAGUAGUUAAAUAAGAAUGUUAGUUAAUUAGGUAUCUCUUGGUUGUUGAAAUAUUGAAAAUAUACAUUGCGACGAGACGUUAUUCAAUGUCAAUCCAUAUGGUCAAUUAAGUAUGGACCGAAUUAAGUCUGUUCCCAUUAAGGCCUAGCGUUAAUGUGAAGGAAUGAAAUUGUAGACUUAGUUGUGCUUCUAGUCCUGUUUUUGCUUAAUUACAUAAAUACUGACGUCAACUAGAAAUACCUAGUUAAAUCUUUACCGUAAUAUUAGUUAAUUUUCGUUCAAGUUUAUAUAUAUUUACCUAGUAAUAAUAGUAAAUACGUACAAUUAUUUAUUCCAUUACCUACAUAAGAAAAUGUUAUUUUUUCAACACAUUAUUACUUCGAACAAAACGUCAGUUUCAAAGUACAAAUUAGAACUAGAAGCACAAACGUGAAUUAGAUAUUAUAUAUAAGAAAUAUGUUACGCAGCUUUAUUAUGUAGGGAAAUUAUGCAUGCUACAUUUUGUUUAUUUAUUUAAACAAUAGAGUUUACAGUCGCAUGCAUAAUUUUGAUACUGAAACUGUGUGAUAAGGGACCCGAUUUUAUACAAACGUAAAGACUUUUUUUGUACACAAAUUAUCUAUUUAUGUUAUAUAUUAUUUAUUGUUCGGUUGCGACCGUGUACAAGUGGAUAUUGGAUGUCAGGGCAUCUAGUUAAUCAUUCUUUAACACCGCACAAAAAAAAUAAGUUACAGUACGAAUGAAGGAUUAAUGAAAUGAGUUUAUUCUGAAAUGGUUUUGGCAACAUUAAUUGUAUUUUUUUAGUAAGACACGUUUAUUAGCACGUCAUUUAUGGGAACUGGUUGACAUUUGAAAGAGAAGAGUUAAGGCGCGUAAUUUGUUGCCAUAAUAAAAAUAUAAAAUUAAUGUUGCCAACAAAUGGUUUUAUGAUUUAAUUAUUAUUGUAUGGACGUGGAUAUUACGAUUGUUUAGAAUAGGGCCCCUGGUGUAGGUCUAGAUGAGUCGCAUAGAAAUAUUAUCUGCAUUGAGCUGAGAUGAUUCUCAUAUGUGUGUGCGUAACUAACCGUAGUGCGCAUUAAGUCCCCAUUCUAUGAUGCUCAUGGGAUUUACUUGUCUCUAGUGUUUAAUAGAUAAAAUAUAUUUUAUUAUUAGUCCAUCGUUAGUAAUCAUGUAUUUAUAGGAAUCGGGUGCAACAGCAAGCAAAAUAUUUCUAUGUGAAUUAUUUCGUACAAUAUUAAAAAUUUUAUAUGUUUGCAUAGCUAUUGUUUAUUGCGUAACAUUCUCUUUAAUUCGUUGUUUUUUUUUUUCAGUUGCUUAUUAUUAUAAUUAUGACGAAAAAUGUGAAAAACUAGUUAAAUUAGAAGAAAUUAUGUGUUUUAAUGUAAAUAUAUAGACAAAAACAUUGUAUG